AUGUGGAAUGGUCGUAAAAAUGCUGGAAAUAGUGUUGAUGGUGAUGACAACUCAGGAGGUAUCUACAAAUGGACAAUGGAUGCACUUUUUGGACGCCGCAUAUCCCCAUCACGUCGUUUCAAAGAAAUUUCACAAGACGACACCAACUACAGGCUGAAAAGAAAUCGUGGUAUGCCUAAAAAAUGGGACGGUGUAGACUAUCAGUCGUCUGGAAGAAAUCGAUCAACGUCUGUUUCGUCAAAUAGGUCAUUUUUACAACGGUACGAUCUACUGCAUGAGGAAGACGCUGACUCCCGGAUCGCAUCUGAUUCCGAUUUUGACUUCCAAGAACUAAGCAAUCUCCGCAGAAAUCGAAGAGAAGUGCCACAAGUUGGAAAAGUCAAUGACUUUGUCGAGCACGACAGUGCCGAUACUUUUUCGGCCCGCAGACAAAAAAAACUUCAAGCUCGUGGUUUGAACUCGACGCACCCGUCCAUAAACAAAGACAGCAGCCUCAAAGUCAACGCUCCCGAUCUCAGCGACCCUUUGAUCUCCAAGCUUUUCGGUAAAGAAUCGGCUCAACUACCGCAUACAAAUCUCCCUGGGAAGUUUCCUUCGCCUUUCAAGCAGGCUUUUGAACAUCCUCAAAGUAAGCGAGAUCCACCGCCGCAGACAAAAGAUUUCACAGACGACUAUUUGCAGCUUCUGGAAGAGCUCGAUUUGAACGGCCAGAAGCUUAAACAGCUUCAAGGUAGCAUUCAGCAACACAAUGAUCAUCAGCGGUCUAUAGAGGCAAGCUAUCGCGAAAAAUAUCUUGCCGUGCGUCAAGAGUUAAUUGCAGAGCUGAAGCAGUCAAAAAACAUUUACGACAACUACUACAAGCUUUACGGCAAAUACAAGCAAUUGAAGUCCUCCACUGUGUCACAAAAAGACACUUCAAAACGCAUACGGGAUCUGGAAUCCCAAGUUGUCGACGUGUCCAUCGAGCGAGCCGACCAGAUUCGUCAACUCAACGAAACAAUCUUUCGUCUCGAGCUAGAACAGCAAGAGGAUCGAGCCAGAAAUGAUCGCGAAAGAAUCAAGUAUCAAUCUAGAAUCAUGGAGCUUGAGAGUCUUCUGCGAUCUCGACUCUCAGACUCACCAUUGCAGCGCACAGAGCGUCUACCGUCGCAGAUGCGAGUUGAUGAACCUCGACCGUACUCGGAAACCUUCACAUGA